CUCCACUAGGUGGCAGCAGUGUAGGAUGAACGCCACCGUUUAUAACCAAAGAAGAAAAGCACACCGGAAGCGACCAUGCUAGCAGCUUAUUAGCAUCGUUGUGUUCUGCUUUUCUCUCCUCUAAUUGCAUAUAGAAGAAGAACGGCCCUUCUUUUCUAAGGCUGGAUGAGAAGAUGUAGCCAACCAGGCGGGAGAUCUCUGCUGUACCAUAAACCUUCUGCUUCUGGAUAAUCAGCCCUUUCCCCAACCCUGGAGCUCCGCCAACCCUGACCAGGAGCUCGGCUUGGCCUCCUUCAGUCCAUCCGUCCAUCCUCAGCCAUGCUGUUUUCUCUGAGGGAACUGGUCCAGUGGCUGGGCUUUGCCACCUUUGAACUGUUCCUCCACCUGCUCGCCCUGCUGGUCUUCAGCAUGCUGGUGGCUCUGAGGAUGGACCUGUUCAACGGCCUGAGCUGGUGGCUGGUGUUCGUCCCCCUGUUCGCCGCAGACGGCCUCAGCACCUACUUCACGACCAUCGUGUCCAUCCGGCUGUAUCAGGAGAACGAGAAGCGGCUGGCGGUGCUGCGGCUGCUCUGGGUGCUGACGGUGCUCAGCCUGAAGCUGGUCUGCGAGGUGCUGCUGUGCCAGAAGCUGGCCGAGCAGGACCGAGCCCGGGACCUGUGGUUCGGCCUCAUCGUGUCGCCGCUCUUCAUCCUGCUGCAGCUGCUGAUGAUCCGAGCGUGCCGGGUCAACUGAGGGCGAAAGCGCCGGAGCAGAGAGCACUCUCCGUCUGCCAUGAGAGAUUUUAAGGAUACAAGAGAUGUCGUUUUUUUUUUUUUCCCCCCUUUGAAACAUAAUCACCUCUUGAAGAAGAGUUUUUCAUGUUUGGGGUUGCACUAAAAUUUAUCUUUCCAACACAAUCGGCAGAAAACAAGCAAGUUUUUGUUGCAAGUUUCCUUAGUUGUGCCUCUACAUCCUGUAGAUGCGGAAAAAUAUAACAGAAAAAUAUGUUGCUUCUCUGUGCGAAUAGGUCUUGAGUCAUCCCUCAUUUCUUUGUAAUUUCCUUCCAAGCAGCCAAAACAUCUGUUUUUAUCAUUUAAAAUUGUUCCUUCAAUCAUUUAUUGCAGUUUUUUAACGGACUGAUUUGAGAAAUAGAACCGGCGGAUGAUGAGAAUGUCAUAUCCUCUGAGAAAUUAGCAGAAUAUCAGAUUCUGAGAAGUGCGUUAUACUUUUUCGAACUCAAGACAUGGGAAAAUAAAUUGUCUUUGCAAGUGGCUGCUAGCAUGAAGGAAAAAAGACACAAACUGUAUCGAUCUCCUACAACCCAAAUUAGUAGCAGUGCUCUGACUGAUGAAAUCUGAUUGGAUAAAAUUCUCACCAAAAAACAACCAAAGAUAUGAUGCUACAAAAUUAUAAAGAUUGACUCAAUUAAAAGCUUUAUAGCUUAUAACUUACAAAUGAAUACUAGUAAAAAUAUUUACUAUUCCCCCAGAAAUUAAAUGAAAUACAUAUUCAUUAAAUUAUUGAGCAAUAUUUUUUUACCCCUGAAUUCUUUAGUUUUACAGUUGAUCCAUAUUUAUCCAGGUAAAAAGUAUCCGUUCAGAUGGUUUCUCCACAUCUUCUCAACCGUUAAAUAAAAUAAAUAUUUAAGAAAUAUCAAUAGAUGGCGUCGCCUCACGCAGAGAGUCGCCCUUCUUUCUUUGUGAAUGUCUAAAAGUUUAGGUCAAAGUCAUGCUUGUCGCUUCCACACUUUUAACACCAAUUCUGUUGAUUUUUCAACCGGAUUCCUCCAUCUGAGGUGAUGAGGGAAGUGGAAUAUGACACAAAAGCUUGAAUAAUUAGUAGUUUUCUGUCUAUUAUGGUGUUUUUGUGAUCUUUAGGGGCAACAAUUAUUCUUUUUUUUAUAGAAAUCAAUAAUUGCACAGCUCUGGUGUGCCAGUAAGGACUUGAAAUUUGGUGGAUAAAGUGUAAAACAAUAUGAAAAUCUUAAAUAAAACGGCUAAAUAAAAAAACGUAAGCAUUUUGGAAAAUAAGUUGAUAUAUAAAAAAAUAAAAUCUAAAGGUUGGUGUUUGCAUUAUUGCAGCAUCACACAUUGCAGCCGGUUUUAAUACGAACAAAGAGACUCUGGCAGCCAGCUGGGGCCCAAAAUGAUACUAAUUAGAGCUGUUAGAAAAGAACGUGGCUCCUUCAAAGCUAAAUUUAAAGAAAUCUGAGUGACUCAAGACUUUUGCACGGCUCCGUCUCUUGAAACGUGCAGAAGGACAUCUCCAUCAGUGACAGUGCUCUGCAGUCUUCCUCCCUAGAAACAUGCUGUUUAUUUCCUCGUGUGCAGCUUGUUGUUUCUCUGUAAAUGUUCUGCAUGUAUUUAUGGCCUCCUGUUAAUUUAACUCUGGAUGUAAAAUUCUGUGUAAAAUGUAUAUGUAGGAUUUUUAAAGAAGACUCCACACGUUUAUAUUUAUGUUCUUGUGCUUUUGCUGCGGUCAUUUGUAUAGAAUCUGUAAAUAAAACAGACAUUUAAGAAAA